AUGAGAUUCAAUGCUAAAGAUCUGGCUUUGCUGGCCAGGCGACCAUCAGGUUGUUUUGACAAGGAAGGAAAACUGAAGAUUUGCAGAGUGGUUGGGGAUGAAAAAUUAAUAGAACCGAGAGAGAGAUGGUGCCGACUGAAAGGAAAUCUGCUUUUUCUAAUGAAAAAUAAGAGUUCUGAAGCCUUGGAAGUGGUAAUCCUGGAGCGCUGCUGGAUUGUGGAGUUCAGGAGUAAAACAGAUGUUUCAAUAGUUCUCAAGUUUCAGAGCGGAGAACCAGAUCUUUACGUUGAAGCCGCAUCAAAGCCAGAUUGCGAAUCUUGGGCUGUGGCACUGGGAGAGGCAAACUCGGAAGGUUUGCAGAAUAAAAUUCAGCAGCUCCGGAGGUUGAUCAUGGAAAUCAAAGAGGAGAGAUCAUCAGAUGAAGCGCGACAGUUUCUCCCUUCACCCCAAAUAGACAGCCUAGGAGAGCCACAGUUUACGAGUAUUCAGAGAAUUGCAAAUGAGCCAAAGCUGGAGUUCAGUCUUGCAUGCAAGGAUCUAGUGGCUGCUACCCGUGAUCGGAAGCUGAAUACGUUUAUACAAGUCUCGGUGGUACAUCCAGCAGAGCACAUUUUGACGAGGUAUUCAAGCACUGAAAUCGUGGAGGGUACAAGAGAUCCACUGUUUUUGACUGGUGUGACAUUCCCACCGGAAUACCCCAUCUAUGAGGAGACUAAAAUAAAACUAACAGUCUAUGAUGUCAAAGAUAAAUCUCAAGACACGGUCCGCACCAGUGUCCUACCUGAUCACAAGGAACCAAGAGCAGAUGUUGGACGAAGCUUCCUGGGCUGUACAACUUUUAGAGUAGGAGACUUGGUAAAGUCAAAGGAGCAACAGUUGACCCUUACCCUCAGGACUUCUGAUGGUGGAAAGACAGUUGGUACCAUUGAAGUCAAUCUUGUGAAGAUGGGAGAGCUAGAGGAUGAGGAAACGGACCACAUCACAACAGACAGCCAGGAUCAAAAGUGUGCAUUGGUUCGUGAAUGUACAACCGCUGAAGGCAUAAGUGGUAAAGACAACUUGCCUUCAUUAAAUGCAGUGUUAAAAAACCCAAUCUGUAAGUUGUAUAGAUUCCCUACUUCUGACAACAAGUGGAUGCGGAUCCGGGAACAGAUGGCUGAGACUACCCUCUCUUUCCAUGUUCCUAAAGAACUGAUCAAUCUGCACAUAAAGGAGGAUAUGAGAAGGAAUCAGGAACUUAAAGACUUGGGAGAACUUGCUCCUCACUGGGACAAUAUGCGCAAAAGUGUUAUUGCUCACUGUGAUCAGAUGUUGAGCAUGUACCAGGAUACUCUUGCAGAGCUUGGGAAGCAUACAGGUUCUUCCUUCAAAUCAAGCUGUAGCAAAGGAGAAAAAACAUUAGAAUUCAUCCCAAUAAAUCUUCAUCUGCAAAGAAUGCACGUGCAUAGUCCUCGAUUGAAAGAUGCUCUGUAUGAUGUCAUCACUGUGGGAGCCCCAGCAGCGCAUUUCCAAGGAUUUAAGAAUGGUGGUCUCCGAAAACUGCUGAGUAAAUUUGAGGCAGAAAGACGAAAUACUGGAUACCAGUGUAUUUACUAUUCACCUGAAAACACAGCCAAGGCAAAAGAAGUUCUCAGCAACAUCAAUCAUCUACAACCUCUCAUAUCAAGCCAUGCAGACCUGCUGCUUAAUUCUGCAAGUCAGCAUUCUCCAGACAGCUUGAAGAACUCUUUAAAGAUGCUUUCAGAAAAAACAGAGUUAUUUGUGCAUGCAUUUAAGGAUCAGCUGGUCAGAAGUGCCCUUUUAGCACUAUACACAGCCCGGCCCGGCUGUGUCCUCAAGAAACCGGCUGGGCCUAGAAACAGUGCAGAAGAAGGGGGUGAUGUACAGCAUGAGGAUCAUCCUUCUCAGAUUAAAAGACAGGACUCUAUACCCCACCAUUCUGAGUAUGAUGAGGAAGAGUGGGACAGGGUGUGGGCCAAUGUGGGAAAGAGUUUAAACUGCGUCAUUGCCAUGGUGGACAGACUACUUGAAAAAGACAGUGUGAGCAACAUUAAAGAGGGUGAAAAUGACCCUUCAGCAGCAGAUUGCAAUGUGUUGCAUACAGGUGGUGACUGGUAUGAACAGCUUUACCCCCUGGUGAUUACACUGAAGGACUGCAUGGGAGAAGUGGUGACCAGGGCGAAGCAAUCAAUGGCAUUUGUUCUGCUCCAGGAACUUGCCUGUGGUUUGCCACAAUGUUUGAUGCUGACGCUAAGAAGAGACAUCGUCUUUAGUCAAGCACUUGCUGGAUUGGUUUGUGGGUUCGUAAUCAAAUUGCACACAGGUUUACGUGAUCAAGGAUUUUUACAACAGCUUCAUAGCGUUGGAUUGCUUGUGCAAUAUGAAGGACUCCUUAGUACGUAUAGUGAAGAAGCAGGGAUGCUAGAGGACAUGGCUGUGGGAAUUUCAGAUUUGCAGAAAGUAAUGUUCAAAGUCAUUGAAGCCAAAUCAGAAGAUUUUUUGCCGAUUAUAACUGGAAGGCGUGAACAUUACAUUAUAGAGGUCCAGCUUCCGGCAAAGAUGUUUGAGUUGCUGCCACAAGAGAUUAAAGAAGGAAAGCUACUUCGCAUGUAUCCAGUACUCUUUAAUGUUGGAAUCAAUGAACAGCAAACACUUGCAGAGAGGUUUGGAGAUACCACUUUGCAGGAAAACAUUAACCAGGAAAACUUAGAACUCCUAAAAGAAUAUUACAAGCUAUUUACAGAAAAAAUGCCGCCUGAUUGUCUACCACAUUUUCAAGAACAAAAUGAUUUAAAGGGAUUGCUAGAAAAUCUCCAUCAAAAUAUCCAGGCCAAAAAGAGAAAGAAUGUAGAAAUCAUGUGGCUGGCUGCAACGAUUUGCCGAAAGCUGAAUGGAGUCCGUUUCACCUGUUGCAAAAGUGCCAAAGACCGGACAUCCAUGUCAGUGACGCUGGAGCAGUGCUCCAUCCUGAGGGACGAGCAUCAGCUUCACAAAGACUUCUUUAUUCGGGCGCUGGAUUGUAUGAGAAGAGAAGGAUGCCGCAUAGAGAAUGUACUGAAGAAUGUCAAAUGCAGAAAGUAUGCAUUCAACAUGAUACAGCUGAUGGCUUUCCCAAAGUACUACAGACCUCCAGAAGGGACAUAUGGAAAAGCUGACACCUAA